AUGGCUAGCUUUUUUAUUGCGAGUUCCUUUGCCAAGCACAGGCCGGCGAGCAAUGCCUCGUACUCUGCCUCGUUGUUUGAGGUCGAAAAGCCAAGCGUAAUAGCUUGCUCCAACAAGGUUCCAUCCGAGGUGAUGAUGACGACACCUGGUUCAGCUCCUUUUUGGUUCGACGCUCCGUCUACGCACAAUUGCCACAUGUCUCUGGGUUGGCUAGGUUCAACGGAGGUCCCGUCUGCUUUUGAACUUUUCUUCUUUUUGUUGACCAAUUUCUCUUCUUCGGCCGAUGGGGUGAAUUCUGGUACGAAGUCUGCUUAA